ACUAUGCGCAUCUUAUGAAUAAAUUUACAAUUUUUGUCAUAAAUAAAUUCCCCUUUUACAGUUAUUGAAUUGAAAUCUGAAUAAGAAAUGUAAUUUAUAGAGGAGAGUAAUAAUUCAUUUAUCUAAAGAUAUGAUAACUUUAUCGAGGAACGUUGAAAUUAGCUGACAGGAGUUGACAAAGUUUGUUGUCUUGGAAGGCACCCCACCCACAACACAAAAUGGUACACAAGUAUCAAUCCCCAGUAAGGGUUUACAAACACCCUUUCGAAAUUGUUAUGGCAGCAUAUGAGAAGCGGUUUCCAACCUGUAAAAUGAUUCCAGUCUUUCUAGGAAGUGACAUCAUAAAUGAGUACAAGAGUGAGGACGGAGCCAUACAUGACGUGGAGAGACGGUGCAGACUAAAUGUUGAUGCUCCGUAUCUGUUGAAGAAGAUCGUUGGUGUUGAUCAUGUGAUAUUUAUACAAAAGAACUGUCUAGAUAGAAGAAACAGAACACUGAAAAUAUAUGCACGUAACGAGAGCUUUUCAUCACGUAUCGUGAUUAACGAAGUCUGUACAUAUACUGUCCAUGAGGAGAAUUCAGACUGGACGUGUUUUGAACAAGAAGCUAGUCUUGAUAUAAAGUCUUUCUUUGGUUUUGAGAAUACAGUAGAAAAAAUCGCCAUGAAGCAAUACACGCAUAACAUUAAAAAGGGCAAAGAAGUCAUAGAGUACUACAUCAAUGAACUGAUUAAAGAAGGAGUGACAGAGUUACCACGCUGGGCAAGCCCGUUGCAGUCGGGUCAGGCCCAGUCAGAUCAACAGUCUUCCCAGGACAGUGGUGUGAGGUCAAGGUCAAAUAGUGUAGUCAGCAAUACCAGUCAACAUAGUCAUAGCAGUCAGAGUAGCUUAAUACUGGGCGCAACUGCGGCAUCAAUAACCACCCCUGUAGAAGAGACUGUACAUGUGAUUGCAGAGAGCUCGGGUAAGCUUGAUGCCGACUACAUUGAACGGUUCCUGGGUCACCUGACACCAGUACAGGAAAGUCAGUUGGUACAACUGAGACAGAUCAUACAGAAAACACAUAAAGGGAAGAUACCCAAAGAUGCUCAUAUAUUGAGAUUUCUACGAGCACGAGAUUUCAACGUGGAGAAAGCACGGGAGAUGCUGGCUCACUCCUUGGCUUGGCGUAAACUGCACAAUAUAGACCAUCUCUUACACACAUAUAAACCUCCAGAUGUGUUAGAGAAGUAUUACACAGGAGGCUGGCAUUAUUGUGAUAAAGAUGAUCGACCACUGUAUGUACUCAGACUUGGCCUGAUGGAUGUUAAAGGCUUGAUGAAAUCAGUUGGUGAAGAAAACCUACUCAAACAUGUAUUAUGGGUGAACGAAGAAGGUUUAGACGCAUGUACCUGUAUAGUAGAUCUAGAGGGCUUGAGCAUGCGUCAUCUGUGGCGACCAGGCAUUCGCGCCUUGUUACGUAUCAUCGAAACAGUCGAGGCCAACUACCCAGAAACUAUGGGCAGGUUACUCAUUGUGCGGGCACCUCGGGUAUUCCCUGUCCUGUGGACACUCAUUAGCCCAUUCAUAGAUGAGAACACGAGCAAGAAAUUUAUGAUUUAUGGAGGAAAUGAUUACCAAGGCCCUGGCGGCCUCGUAGAUUUUAUAGACAAAAAAUAUAUACCUGACUUCCUGGGCGGAGAAUGCUAUUGUGAUGUACCAGAGGGUGCACUUGUACCUAAAUCUCUUUACAAAGAGGAAUAUAUGGACAGAUCUCCAGAUGAACAACCACUCAAUGUUGCCAACAGUUUAUACCAAACAUCUCACAUUAUCAAAGAUUAUCCCCAUGAGGUACUGAUUCAAGUCCCCCAGCGAGGCUGUGUUGUGACCUGGGACUUCGAUAUAUUGAAGGGUGAUGUUUCAUUCACUGUGUUAAGGACGAAGCAUCCAAUCAGUAAGGAUGAGCACCAUAUACACCAUAUCAGCGGUAUACCUGUCAGUGCUCAAUAUAUAGACAAAAACAUGCAAGUGGGACGUGAUAUGAGUAUAGUGGAACCACCACAUAUAUGUAGGGAUGGGGAUAGUGUACAGGGUUCCCAUGUAGCAAGUGAAUCAGGAAGUUACAUUCUACAAUGGAAAUACUUUGAUUCUACAAAAGCUUCCUUUGAAUUCUCACUAACUACACACAAGUCAAAGGUCAUGUAUCACACAGAACUUCUGCAGUCAGCCACUUUCAGAGGGUCUAUGGCUAGUCUACAAUCCAGUGCUAGUGGGUUUUCCUCGCUUAGCAUCGGAACAAACCAGAGUAUUCCAAUGGCAAGGAAACAUUGAUAUGAGUCCCAGUCAAUGUGAAACAAUUUAAACAGUAUACAAUGCAUAUCUUAGUCAAAUUCUACAUAUGGGGAACAUGUUUUGUUAUUUAUUGUUAUGUGUAGUUAAAUAUGGGUUUAUCUCAGACGUGUGGCUAUUUCAGAAUGUUGUGACUUGUCAUUUCUAAUUCUUACUUUUUAUACAAAGGUAAUAUUUAAAUUAAUUGUAAAAAGGAGUGCAUAUUUCAUUUGCAAAUUGUGAUCUAAAUGAGCCGCGCCAUGAGAAAACCAACAUAGUGGCUUUGCGACCAGCAUGGAUCCAGACCAGUCUGCGCAUCCGCGCAGUCUGGUCAGGAUCCAUGCUGUUUGCUAACAGUUUCUCUAAUUACAAUAGGCUUUGAAAGCUAACAGCAUGGAUCCUGACCAGACUGCGCUGAUGCGCAGGCUGGUCUGGAUCCAUGCUUGUCGCAAAGCCACUAUGUUGGUUUUCUCAUGGCACGGCACAAAUAUAUUUUAGUUUUAUACUCAUAAGCAAUAUGUCCAGAUGAAUUGCAGCCUCUUGUUCGAUUCAAUGAAAUAACUAAACCUGUUUAGGGUAGUUCUGCAUGUUUGAUAAACCAAAAGUAAUGGUGUAUUACAUCAUUUGUCUUGAUAAUUGUAGAAUAAAGCCCAUAUUCAGCAAAAGGAAACAAAAAUCUUUUAUGAAUUAAUGUCAGCCUGUGAGUAAAAUCACAGUAUGUUUCUAAAGAUAGAAUAUUGAAUAAAAAAAUUUGAUACAUUAGAUAAGUGCAGAAAUGUCUUAAAUUUGGCUUGGAAAGUGCGCAUCACUUUAAUCAUGUCAGAGCAAAAAUGUCUCAAAAAAAAGCACACGGACCUUCACAUUUUAUUUCACCAUAUUAGACUUAAGAUUACUUUAUGACUGUGAGAAAUUUCAUCAAAGUCUACAUAUAUGAAAAAUUUCUAUUAACAUAAAUGUCAUGGAAAUGGUGACUUUCCCAUAGACUGCUAGUUGCCUGAGGUCGACAUUUCUCAAUUCAGUAUAGCAAAAAAUCAGGCACAUGACCCUAUAUUUUUUAUUUGCCAUAUUUUUAAAGUAAAUUGUAAAGCUUAUAAAAAUCAAGGUUUAAUCAGAUUCUACCUUGCAGAAAAAAAGUUUGAUCUGAAUGUGCAGAACUACCUUAACUUGAAAGCUUUUAAACUGGUCCAAACAAGUCCAAAUAAUAGUAUUGUUACAAGAUGGUACCUGUAUUGUUAUAGGAAAUUUAGGGAUUUUGUCCAGUAUUGUUACAGGAAACAAUAGUAUUUGUUUUUAAUAUGCAAGUUAAAAUUUCCUACAAAUGGCAUUUAUAUUAUUACAGUAAUUUUUUAUGCAUCAAGGAGCAGCAACUUCGAGAACUGGGAAUCUAAUACCGGUAGUAAUUCCUUUGUUUGUACAAAGAAUUUUGCGUACUGAUAUUUUAUGACACAUAUUUAUUUCUUCAAUGAUAGGAAAUUGUAAAAAUUUUAUGUGAUGUUUUUGUCUGUGGUGUUAAAUGAUUUAUAUAUAUAAGAUAUUAGAGAGAUUUAAAGUUUGAUAUUAUUGUAUAAAGUAAGGGUUGAUUUAUGUGAGAAAUUCAACGCAGUUGUAUCAGAGCAACCAUCUUGUUAAUUUCCAAGAAAACAACAACACAAUGUUUUAACAAGUCAGAUGAUAAAAUUACUCAGAAGAAAAAAGAAUACUCAGUGGUUUGAAAUAUGCUGCAUUGGAUUUUGUUUAGGUACUGUAUAAUUGGUUAAUUUUGCAAAACAGAAAUAUUUUGCAAUUUUUGUGAAUGAGAAAAUUUUCGUAAGGUUAAAGAGGUACAUAAUUUUAUGCUAAACACUUCCAUGAAAUAUGAUUAUUGACAUAUUAAUUAGUUUUUAACACUUUCAAACAUUCUCUGUAUGAGAUUUUGGCAUUUUCCCGACUAGUGUGGAAAUCUGUGUGGUUGAAAGAGCUAAUUUACAGUUGAAGAGUGCUGAGCUAGGAUACAUAAUUGCACUAAAAUUGCGGAGUGCACAGAAAUUGCCAAGGAAAUUGCAGAGUGCACAGAAAUUGCCAAGGAAAUUGCAGAGUGCACAAAAAUUGCCAAGGAAAUUGCAGAGUGCACAGAAAUUGCCAAGGAAAUUGCAGAGUGCACGGCAGUUGCCGAGCUUCCUUUACUUUAGAAGAAGUAAUAGCACGAUGAAUUCAGUCUGAUAAUUUGUUGAAAAUUAUUCAGUUAUUUCUUACUGCAAACAUUUUAUUUAUCAAAGAAGUAUCUGCGCACAAAAGGUCUACUUUUCAUUUUAAACUUAAAGGGAAUGACGUUUUUUUUUUCAGCAAAAAUAUUCACAUGUACAGUAAACACUGAUAAAUAUACUCACUUAUUUAUUCUAGAAAUUAUUCUGAAUCAGAUUUAACAUUUUCUAUCAGAAAUCUAAAAUUUAUACCCCAUAAUCAAUAAUAGUGAAGGUUUUUAUUCCAUCUCCACACAUUGUCAAAAAGUCCAUACAUUCAGGUCCAUGAAAAUUGUGUAUAUAAGUUAUUUUCAUAAUUGUGUUAAGUCUUUUUGUCCAAAUCAUUUUAUUUCUGUUAAGAAUAUUUUUGUAUUAAAUUUUAAGAUCCAGCUUAUUGUAUUUCUUUAAUUUAAAAGAUGUAUUAUGCCCAUCUCUCACUUAAUUAUGUUUAUAUUAUAUUAUAUUAUAUUGAUUUGACAUCACAAUCCAUCUGAAACUGUAAAGUACAUGUAUAUAGUUUCUGGAAUGCUGGGUUUUAUUUAAAACUUUGUAAGUACAUUUGUGAGCAUGACUGAACAUAUACAUUUAAUUUCACUGUUAAUGAGAUUUAGUUAUAGCUUGAUUAACAAACAUUCUAUCCUGAUUAUUGGACAUGACAUCUCUCACCUGUUUUUAGCUCACCUGUCACAAAGUGACAAGGUGAGCUUUUGUGAUCGCGCGGUGUCCGUCGUCCGUGCGUGCGUCCGUUCGUCCGUAAACUUUUGCUUGUGACCACUCUAGAGGUUACAUUUUUCAUGGGAUCUUUAUGAAAGUUGGUCAGAAUGUUCAUCUUGAUGAUAUCUAGGUCAGGUUCGGAACUGGGUCACGUGCCUUCAAAAACUAGGUCAGUAGGUCUAAAAAUAGAAAAGCCUUGUGACCUCUCUAGAGGCCAUAUAUUUCACAAGAUCUUCAUGAAAAUUGGUCAGAAUGUUCAUCUUGAUGAUAUCUAGGUCAAGUUCGAAACUGGGUCACGUGCCAUCAAAAACUAGGUCAGUAGGUCUAAAAAUAGAAAAACCUUGUGACCUCUCUAGAGGCCAUAUAUUUCAAAGAUCUUCAUGAAAAUUGAUCAGAACGUUCACCUUGAUGAUAUCUAGGUCAAGUUUGAAACUGGGUCACGUGCCAUCUAAAACUAGGUCAGUAGGUCAAAUAAUAGAAAAACCUUGUGACCUCUCUAAAGGCCAUAUUUUUCAUGGGAUCUGUAUGAAAGUUGGUCUGAAUGUUCAUCUUGAUGAUUUCUAGGUCAAGUUUGAAACUGGGUCACGUGCGGUCAAAAACUAGGUCAGUAGUUCUAAAAAUAGAAAAACCUUGUGACCUCUCUAGAGGCCAUAUAUUUCAUGAGAUCUUCAUGAAAAUUGGUCAGAAUGUUCACCUUGAUGAUAUCUAGGUCAGGUUUGAAAGUGGGUCACGUGCCUUCAAAAACUAGGUCAGUAAGUCAAAUAAUAGAAAAACCUUGUGACCUCUCUAGAGGCCAUAAUUUUCAUGGGAUCUGUAUGAAAGUUUGUCUGAAUGUUCAUCUUGAUGAUCUCUAGGUCAAGUUUGAAAGUGGGUCACGUGCAGCCAAAAACUAGGUCAGUAGGUCAAAUAAUAGAAAAACCUUGUGACCUCUCUAAAGGCCAUAUUUUUCAUGGGAUCUGUAUAAAAAUUGGUCUGAAUGUUUAUCUUGAUGAUAUCUAGUCAAGUUCAAAACAGGGUCAUGUGCGGUCAAAAACUAGGUCAGUAGGUCUAAAAAUAGAAAAACCUUGUCACCUCUCUAGAGGCCAUACUUGUGAAUGGAUCUCCAUAAAAAUUGGUCAGAAUGUUCACCUUGAUGAUAUCUAGGUCAAGUUUGAAACUGGGUCACGUGCCUUACAAAAUUAGGUCAGUAGGUCAAAUAAUAAAAAAACCUUGUGACCUCUCUAGAGGCCAUACUUUUCAUGGGAUCUGUAUGAAAGUUGGUCUGAAUGUUCAUCUUGAUGAUAUCUAGGUCAAGUUUGAAACUGGGUCAACUGUCUGCGGUCAAAAACUAGGUCAGUAGGUCUAAAAUUAUUAAAAUCUUUUGACCUCUCUAGAGGCCAUAUUUUUCAAUGGAUCUUCAUGAAAAUUGAUCUGAAUUUUCACCUUGAUGAUAUCUAGAUAAAGUUCAAAACAGGGUCACGUACCUUCGAAAACUAGGUCAAUAGGUCAAAUAAUAGAAAAACCUUGUGACCUCUCUAGAGACCAUAUUUUUCAAUGGAUCUUCAUGAAAAUUGGUCAGAAUUUUUAUCUUGAUAAUAUCUAGGUCAAGUUCAAAACUGGGUCACAUGAGCUCAAAAACUAGGUCACUAUUUCAAAUAAUAGAAAAAAAACGACGUCAUACUCAAAACUUGGUCAUGUGGUAAGAGGUGAGCGAUUCAGGACCAUCAUGGUCCUCUUGUUCUUUUUAGCUGUCCUGAGAGUAAAAGGCUCAUUGUGAGCUUUUAGGGUCAAUUGUUGUCUACAAUUUCUUUUACGAACGUCUCCUAUAUACAACACAGCUGAUUUCAACCAAACUUCAUAGAAAUAUCCUUUGGUCAGUCUCCUAUCAAAUUCCUUCACAUUUAGGUCAUCCUUGCAGAAAUCUGGUUGCCAUGACAACCAAAAGGAAAAUUUUAAAAAUCUUAAGAAACUGGUGGCCCAAGUUUACCAAAAUUGGUAAAGCCAACUGUAAAUCUCAGGUGCGUGAUCUAUGGCCUUCUUGCAUAUUUCAUCAUUGAUUUUGCAAGAACAAGUAUUGUUAACCAUUAUGCACGCAACUUAUUAAUAACCAUUUAUGUAUCUCACACACAUCGAAUUUUCAUAGCCAGUAGUAGCAAAAAGAAAAAUGAAUGUGCCAUGCUGUUUAAAACUAAAUCCACAUUGAUUGUCAUUUAUAAUAUUGUAAUUUAAGGUAGUUCUGCAUGUUUGGGUGAACUAGAUCGGAAUGAUUAGAGGUUUCAACAUUUUUAUUAUUAAACCCUUAUCAAUAGAAUGAUAGUAAUGGUGCCAUUUUUAUAAAUUUAAACACAGGCUGCCCUUAUUUAGAUAAGGUUAAUGUCUAUAUACUGGUUCCAGGCUUUAUUCCAUGUUACAUUGUAUUUUAAUAAAUGAUGUUACACCAUGACUUCCAGUUUGUCAGUCAUGCAGAGCUACCUUUACUUUCUGAAUGUUUUUUUAAAUCGUUAUGGAUACAUUUUCAGGGUAGUAGACAUAGUUCAUGUAUAUUUAUCUUAUUUAGACGUACUUAAUAAACACUUAAUUUUUUUGCUUCAAAUUUGAAUGAUUUGUAUACCUCUUAUGAAAUACUAUUUAUAGAUUAUUUUGUUCAUCUUUAAAGUAUUACCAGGUUGCUCAUUUCUGUGAAUGUUCCAUUGUCUCACACACAGUAUCUUAUUAUACAUCGGAAGUCAUGUGGUGGCACUGGUCAUCCAUUCCUUAACAAUUUUGUUUCCUGCUCAAUUUUUAGCUCACCAGAGCACAAAGUGCUCAAGUUGAGCUUUUGUGAUCACCCUUUGUCGGUCGUCAGUCGUCCUCCAUCGUCAUCAACAAUUUGACUGUUAACACUCUAGAGGUCACAAUUUUAGCCCAAUCUUAAUGAAACUUGGUCAGAAUGUUACCCUCAAUAAAGUCUUGGACGAGUUUGAUAUUGGGUCACCCGGAAUCAAAAACUAGGUCACCAGGUCAAAUCAAAGGAAAAGCUUGUUAACACUCUAGAGGCCACAUUUUUUACCCUAUCUUCGUGAAACUUGGUCAGAGUGUUUACCUUGAUGACCUCUAGGUUUAGUUUGAAUCUGGGUCAUGAGGGGUCAAAAACUAGGUCACCGGGUCAAAUCAAAGGAAAAGCUUGUUAACACUCUAGAGGCCACAUUUAUGACCCUAUCUUCAUGAAUCUUGGUCAGAAUGUUUAUCUUGAUGAUUCCUAGGCCAAGUUUGAAUCUGGGUCAUGUCUGGUCAAAAACUAGGUCAUUAGGCCAGGUCAAAGGAAAAUCUUGUUAACACUCUAUGGAUCACAUUUUAAGUUUGAAACUCAUGAGAAUUGGUCAGAAUGUAUGCCUUGAGGACCUCUAGGAUAAGUUUGAAUCUGGGUCAUGUGGGGUCAAAAACAAGGUCACCCAGUCAAAUUUAAGGAAAAGCUUAACACUCUAGAGGCCACAUUUAUAACCCUAUUGUCAUGAAACUUGGUCAUAAUGUUUAUCUUGAUGAUCUUUAGGCCAAGUUUAAAUCUGGGUCAUGUGCGGUCAAAAACUAGGUCACUAGGCCAGAUCAAAGGAAAAUCUUGUUAACACUCUAGAGACCACAUUUUAAGUUUGAAACUCAUGAGAAUUGGUCAGAAUGUUUGUCUGGGUGAUUUCUAGGUCAAGUUUGAAUCUGGGUCAUGUGGGGUCAAAAACUAGGUCACCCAGUCAAAUAAAAGGAAAAGCUUGUUAACACUCUAGAAGCCACAUUUAUGACUCUGUCGUCAUGAAACUUGGUCAGACUGUUUAUCUUGAUGACCUCUAGGCCAAGUUCGAAUCUGGGUCGUGUGGGUUAAAAAACUAGGUCACCCGGUAAAAUCAAAGGAAAAGCUUGUUAACACUCCAUAUUUUUGAUUCAGUCUUCAUAAGACUUGGUCAGAAUGUUUGGUAUCAUGAAGUCUUAUAUAAUUUCAACUCUGGGUCAUGUAGGGUCAAAAACUAGGUCAUUUGGUAAAAUCAGAGGAAAGCUUGUUUAUACUCUAGAGGCCACUUUUUUGCUCCAAUCUUCACAAAACUUUGUCAGUAUGUUUGUUUCAUGAAAUCAUGGACGAGUUUUAACCUGGGUCAUGUGGGGUCAAAAACUAGGUCACUAGGUCAAAUUAAAGAAAAUGCUUGUUUACACACAGACCACAUUUUUUGGUCUGAUCUUAAUGAAAAUUGGUCAGAAUAUUUGUCUCCAUGAAAUUUUGGACAGGUUAAAAGUUAGCUCCAGUUGGGUAAAAAACUAGGUUACUAGGCCAAAUCAAAGAAAAAAACACUAGAGGCCACAUUCUUGCUCCAAUCUUCAUGAAACUUGGUCAGAAUGUUUAUCUCCUUGAAAUCUCAGACGAAUUUGAAACUGGGUCAUGUGGUUACAAAAACUGGGUCACUAGGUCAAACAUGUUUGUUAUGUUGUGUUACUCUGGUGAGCGACCUAGGGCCAUCAUGGCCCUGAGACUUGUUUAACAUGUUUUGAACUAUGAGCUUCAAAUUUGAUUUAUAUAUUGCUAAUGGGCAGUGGAUGACUCUUGGUAAUUUUGAGGUCAGUAGGUCAGUGUCAUGGUCAAGUGAUUCUUAGUCAAUAAAAAAAAAAUGUUUCUGCUUAGUAUCUUGAGAACGCGAACCUGCUUUCUCAAACUAGGCAGGCAAAUUGCAGACUUACAGUAGAUGACACAUAUUGAGUUCAAAGUUAGGGGUCAAAAAGUCAAGGUCACAGUGACCGUUAGUUUAAAAAUCAUUUUCUCUCAACACAUUGACUUACAACCUGAAACUUGGCAGGUCCAUUGCAAAAGGAUGACGACUGACCCUUUAUAAUUUUAAGUUCAGUGUGUCAAAGGUUAAGAUCACAGUGGCCAUGAAAUCUGCAUAGACCACCUCUUGAUAAUGAUUUUUAGGCUUCUUAGCCAAAGGUCAUGGUCAAACUUUUAGUUGGAUGCUCUUUAACCUCAGAAUGCUUAGACCUGCGAUCCUCAAACUGGAUAGGCACACUGGUUCAGGCCUAUUUUGCUCCACACGUCAUUGUUAUAGUCUUAAUUAAACUGACCUUUGCCCUUUGCAUUGUAUGGGAUAUGACCUUAGUGCAAAAGGUCAUAUUGAUUUUGACAAGGAUUUGUUGUUUUUUUCAAAAAAGAGUUUUUAGGUGUAUAUAAGGAACUGUAAAAAUGUAUAUUUGUGUACAAGGAUUUUAUGUACUAUAUAUGGUGUAUCUGAGGAAAAAGAAUCUGUGUUGAAUUUAUUGUAAAAUUGGUGGUUUGGAACACGUAAAUAUGUAAAAGAAAAUUGAAUCUGCGUGUUGAGACUUUAAACUUCUGAGGUAUAUUUUACAUGAAAUGUACAAAUUACUUAAAACUGAAUCUGUGUUGAGAAGUUUUUAAAACACUGGGAAUAUAUUUGAUUACAAGACAUACAAGUAUGUCGAAAUUGAAUCUGUCUUGGAAAAAAAUAUUACCCUGGAGUUAUGUUUUGUUUUGAGUAAAUGCUAUUGAUGUAUUGGAUAUGAAAAAUAUCUGUUGGCAAAAUUUUAAUCUGUGUUGAAAAGUUUAUAACACUGGAGCUAUAAUUAUACUUUGAAAUAUAAAUCUGUGUUGGAAAUAUUUGUAACACUGGAUAUACAUUUAUUGUGGAACAUAUAUGUUUGUCAACUUUAAACCUGUUUUGGCAAUUUAUAUAACCCUGGAUAUAUAUUUGUUUCAAAACAUAUGUAUGUGUAAAUUAAAUCUGUGUUUGAAAUAUUUAUAACACUGGAUAUAGGUUUAUUGUUAAAUGUAUGUAUGUGAACAUUAAGACUGUGUUGGAAAUUUUUAUAACACUGGAUAAAUAUUAAAUCUGUGUUGGAAAUUUUUAUAACACUGGAUGAAUAUUUAUUCUGAAACAUACAUGUAUGCGAACAUUAAAUCUGUGUUUGACAUUUUUUUAUAACACUGGAUAUGUAUUCAAUUUGAAACAUUUAUUUAUGUUGAGAUUUAAAUCUGUGUUGGAGAUUUUUAUAACACUGGAAUUUCAUAUAGUUUGAAACAUACAUGUAUGGGAAAAUUCAGUAUGAGAUGUGCCAUGAGAAAACCAACAUAGUGGCUUUGUGACCAGCAUGGAUCCAGACCAGCCUGCGCAUCUGUGGAGUCUGGUCAGGAUCCAUGCUGUUCGCUAACGGUUUCUGUAAUUGCAAUAGGCUUUGAAAGCGAACAGCAUGGAUCCUGACCAGACUGCGCCACUAUGUUGGUUUUCUCAUGGCACGGCUCAUAUAUUUUGUAAAUUUAUACAACACUGGAUAUUUUGAAUUUCUCAGAAUGCUCCAUGAUUCAAGAUGAAUUUUGUUGGUUUUUCACUUUCUACAAUCAAGCAUUUCACUGUAGGCAAAUGCAUUUGGAUGGACGAGAUGCUGAUUUGAAAUAAACAAAUACUUGUCUAAACAAUUAUAGUGAUAGAAAAUAUGAAACGAUGGUAUUUGAUUUGUAUUGAUGUGUCAAAGGCACUUUCACAUAAUAAAGUUUGUAUGCUAAAUACAUUUUCUAUAUGAAAGUAAUUAACAGGAAACAUUUUUUAAAACCCAAUAUGUAUUUACAAUUUAUAUGCAUAUGUAAAUAUUCUAUUUGUACAUAGAAUGUUUGGAGAAGCUACUUGUACAUUGUAUUUAUGUAAUACCGUACUUAGGGGUUCUUUUAGCGUGGUCAAAUUUCUAAACUUUUGCAAAAAUCAAGGUGUUUAUUCUUUGUUUCAUUUCCUAUUUUGAUUGUAGGGAGAGAAGAUCAACAUGACCCAAAAUGGUUUUUUCCUCCACCAUGGAAAGCUUGAAACAGUUGAAAGUCACCAUGACCACACAUUAUGAAAGUGGAACUUAAAACUUCACAAAAGAAAUCAAACAAACAAUAUUCUGUUGGAGGAAAAUUAUCAAAAUAUCCAGUUCACCAAACUUCACUAUACACACCUGUAAAUAUUACAGAAUAGUGUUGAACCAUGGGCAAUUUUUAUAUGUUUUUUUUUGAUAUCUACCAUUUCUUAAGGUUGUAGGAUAAGGCCAAGUAUUAACCACAUACAAUUUUUUGAAAAUAUCCCAAAGUACGGUAAUUAAAUUGAUAUGUAUAAAUGACGUGUAUUUUGUAGGCAUUUACUAUUGUGUUGAACAUUUCAUUGUUAAGUUUGGAGUUUAAUAAUUAUGUAGUAUUAUUAAUAUCUUUGAUCCUUGAAUGAUCUUCCACAUUUAUAUUAUUGAUGUUUUUUUUGUGGAUACUAACCUACGCGAAAAUACAGACUAAAUUCUUGAUCCACCAAAUCUUUUCAUAAAUAGCAGAAUUGACACUUCUUUUUGCAAGAUCUAAAUAUAAGUUAUGCCUCAUUCUACAUUUAACAUCUCCAAAUGUCGAAGUAGAAAAUUUUUGAAUUUUUAAGAUUCCUUUAAAUAAUGUCAAUUUUAUGUCCAAUAGUGUACUCUGUGUGUUUUCUUCUCAAGUAAAAGUCUAGGCCAUGAAAAUUUUUGAAAAUUUUUUUUUCAAAAUUUAACACAAGUUUUAGAUGGAAAAUGUAGCUUUUAUACUAAUGAAGAAAUCUGUAACACUUCAUCAACUAUUAAAGUCAAAAUUUAAUUUUUUUUAACUAUUUGGUGUCCAAAAAAGGCGGAAAAUUACAAUCAUGGAAAAUGCCUAUUCAGGGAAUAUUUUGAAAAAUUAAAAUUUGGAACUUAGAUUGAGGUUUGUUAAUCAUAUUUUUUAUAGAGAAGUCAAGGGGAAAAAACUUCAUGGCCUAAAAGGUAGAUGAACUUGUAAUUUUAUUGUUCUUCUCACUUUCAAAUAUUAACUGAAAUUUCCAUAGCAUGUCUUGCAACAUACAUUAAUACAAUUUUUGGUACUUCUCAUUGAUGCACAGUAAUCUUCUGCCAUGAUCUCAUUAUUUUAAUGGAUUAACAAACAGCCUACACAAGUUGAAGUAUUUGUCAUCCUUUUGAAAAAUUCAAAUAGACAUGACAAAGUAUAACUGUUCAUAUCUCUUUUUAAAGGCUUUCUGCAUGGGUUUAGACAGAAAAGAUAUUUUUCUUAAGUAUUUUACCUUCAGUGCUAUUUUAAGAUGCUAGAUUAUGGAAAACAGGAAGUAACACCAUUUUCUCUAAGGUUUAAACACACAAAAUAAGACAACUUUUUAGUUGGACCAUUUUCUCUUAAUACACAAUACAGUAUCAAGCUAGUAGUUUUAUUUACAGUUGGUUUAGUCUUUAUACAUUUAAAAUACUGUUUGAUUAACCUUUAUCCUGCCGGUGGCAAGUGAUGCGACCAGUGCAGAUCAGGAUCAGCCUGUACAUCCAUGCAGUCUGAUCAUGGUCUGCACUCUUCGCUAUUCAAUCAGUAAAUGUUUUAGUGAAAUCCCCUUUGAAUAAUAAGUGGUACUGCCUAAACUGUAUAAUCGACCAGUCCAUUUUAGAAAUUUAGCAGGGUAAAGGUUAAGAUGACAGAUUAUGGAGAACAAGAAGUAACUCAAUUUUCUCUAGGUUUAAACGGACGUGCAGGCUGAUCUUUGUCUGCACUGACAGAAUCACUUGCAGCUAAUAGGCUAUAAGGUUUAAGUGAUUUAAUAGUAGGUAGAUUUUAAUAACAGACCAGAAGUUACCCAUAUUGAGAAACCAAAGUAAAGUUUCAAAUUUUAUGAUAGUUAAAUUUAUCUUCUUUUUUUUGGUCAGCAUGACAAGUAGUUUUAAAUUAGCAGACUGUUUUCCUUUUUGUUAUAUAUUUUGAACGUGUUACACCCAGUAUAUUAUUACUACACAUAUAUAAUUAUUUCUGUCAGUCUGUUAUACUAAUGUUUCCACCAAUAUGGUACCUUAUAUAUUGUUCACCCAGUAUAUUGUCGUUGACUGCAAAUCUUUUCAAAGAAUAGUAACAAAAUGAAUAUGACAGACAUUUUACCAUUAUGGUCUAUGUACACUUGUUACCAAGAAAUAAAUUUAUUAUACCACAGU